GACCAGAACAGCGAUUCCAAGCGAUUCCGAGUGCCGAAUCUCAAAAAUAUUGCUUUACCAGGAUCGGUACCAUUGAAUGAUGAACCACCAAUGCGCGGACGCCGAUACCAGAAACUUCUCGAGGGAUUUAUUAACGUGAGCACAUAUUAAUCACAGGCUCCGAGGCGGCUCAUAUAUGCCUUACCACAGCAUAGCGAGUACGAAUGUACCACUACAAGAUAAGAUACAUCAUGCUAGUGUACGGCGCGAGGAUCCCUCGAAUUUCGGAAACGAACACCUCUGGACCGGUGCCUAUCUCUCCAGAUAUACGUCCGCCCCGCUGGCAAUCUAUACUGGCCGGCUGUUAUACCCUUGCUCUACCCACCGUGUCUGCGCGGAAGGCGUGUUCCGGACCAGGAACUUGGAUCGCAAUCCUUGUUAUCAACCACACCACAUGCGCCAGCACCACGGCGCCCGCCGGCUUCAAAGACCGUGCAGAAACAAGGGUCUCAAAGCCACACCCAACCAAGGGGCAAAGGAUCGUCGUGCGUGUGCCGGCAGCCGGGAUGGGCCGUUGGGGCCGCAAGGGGUCUGCUGCUGUCGUAUACGUAGAUUGCGAUCCUGCAGCAAAACGUUCGCAAUCGGAUCGGAGUAGGCAGGGGUGAGGGUUUGGCGAGGACAAUCAAUAUAGGGCAGGCGAGGCCUGCUGGUUAUCUGCGUGGCGUGAUCUCUGAAGGAGAGGGAGUACAAGAUGAUGCAUGUCAGCUGCCUGGAGGAUGC